AUGGCCCUCACCCGCAUCCCUCAGAACCUGCCGAUAUCCUUAACUGAGUUGGAUUUGAGAAAUAAUUCGAUUGCAUCUUUGCGUAAGUCAGAGCUCGUAAGGUAUAGGAACCUGGAAAUAUUGUCCCUAAGCUCCAACCAGAUUACUGGCAUUAAGGCUGCUGACAUUAAGCCUGGCACAUUUUCAAAUCUACGAAAUCUCCAAUUUUUGAACCUAUGCUUCAACCAGAUAACAGACAUUAACCCUGUUACCAUCUCAAGUCUGCCAAAUCUCAGAGGGCUGUACAUAGAAUUCAACAAGAUAACUGCCAUCCAAGCGGGUACACUCUCAAAUCUACCAAAGCUCACAAGUAUAACCCUAGGCUCCAACCAGAUAACUGACAUCCAACCUGGUACAUUCUCAAAUCUAACAAAGCUCACAAAGCUGUUUCUACACUCCAACCAAAUAACUGGAAUUCAGUCUGAUACAUUCUCAAAUCUACCAAAUCUACAAAAGUUGACACUUACAUCCAAUCAGAUAUCUGUCCUUCCCCAGACGCCCUGUAGGCACCACAUUCACCACCCUGUCUGUCGGCACAAGUAA